AUGGCCUCUUCUUUCAAUAAUAAUUGGGAAGCAAAGGGCGAAAUGUUCCAGAAAUCCAUGGAAAGCGCCAAGUAUAAUGGAAAGAUAAUCAGAAAAGCUAGACUAACCAUUACUGACCUGAUUGAAGAUGACUGGUCCAUUAUCGAUAACAGGCAGCAUCUUACAAACGCGGAAUGCCAUUGGAUUCAAUCCCUCGAUCUGCCGCCAAAUUUCGAUCACAAAGCAAUGACACUGACGGGAAGAACCGGACCAGGCGUUAUUUUCGUCGAGGUUAUCAACCGAAUGGCAGGUAAUGAUUUCUAUAUCAGUGAUUUGAUGAAGCUAGUAUAUGAGCAGAACUUCCCUCUUAACGGUCUUAAGCACAUUUUUGCAGUGAGUGUGAAGAAUACUGAUACUACUGACUGCUAUCAGAAAAUUUGUCAGAAACAUGGGAUUGAUUUCAGGGCAAUGGGGGAAAGAACUUGGAAUCUGGGGUCGAGUGAGUUUAAAGCGUUGCUUGGGUGUGGAAUCGGUAAGGCGAUGGCGUCGUUCGUACUUUGUGCCUUUGGACAAGGUGUGAAGCGUAUUUCGCGAAUUGUGAUCUGGCGUGAUAGACAGGAUCUCAAUAUGCGCUUUGAUAUUGAGAAUGUUUAG